AUGUCCUCCAUCCGCAACUACCUCGCCACCGUCCCAUGGAAGCCCAUCUUCCAACGGAUGCCCGGCACAAUGCUCCUGCUCGUCGUCCCCUUCGCAUUCCUCGGGCCCAUCUACGCCCCCGCCCUCUUUGCCGCUUACUACUUCGCCCUGCACAUCGGGUUCCUCCUCAACAACGCUCGGUCCGCUUACGGCAUGUACGUUGCCUACACAAAUGCGAAGCUGUACUCGAUCACGGAUUGGGUCAAGAAGUAUUGUCAGGAGACGGGGACCGUCGAUGGACAUGAUACGAGGCAUGAUUUGCCGUACGAGGCGGUUACACAUGUGAUCAUUCUGCCGAAUUAUAAGGAGGAUAUGGAUACCCUUUGUGAGACGCUCGAUGUUCUCGCAAGUCACUCUAGGGCUGUCGUUCAGUAUAAGAUCUGCCUGGCGAUGGAGGAAUCGGAGCAAGGAGCGACUGCGAAAGCGGCGACUUUGAUGCAAAAGUACGCAAACUCGUUCUUCGAGAUCACCUAUACCCUCCACCCAGUCGGCCGACCCGGCGAGAUUCGCGGCAAGUCCUCCAAUGUUGCGUGGGCCGCGUCCCAGAUGGCUCUCCGUUCCGGCGGCGGUCUGGCCGGUCGUCACGACCACGAAAUCCUCACGGUCAUGGACGCCGACACGUGUUUCGCCGAGGAUUUCUUCUCCGCAGUGACCUACCACUACACCACUGCCACCCCUGAGCAGCGCCGGAUCAUGAUGUUUGCGCCCUGCACCGUGUUCGACCGCAACUCCAAGAACGUACCCGUCUUCGUUCGUGUCACGGACAUGUUCUGGUCUAUCGGUGUCAUCUCCAACCUGUACCCGUCGUCGUCCAUCAAGAUCCCCUGCUCCGCCUACUCCGUCUCGAUGGACCUGGCGCUCGCGGUCAACUUCUGGGACGCAGGACCAGAAGCCAUAGGCGAAGACAUGCACAUGUACCUCAAGUGCUUCUUUGCCACCGAGGGUCGCGUCAUUGUCAAGAGUAUCUUCUCCCCCGCCUCCCAGUGCAACGUCGAAGGCGAGGGCACGGGCAUCAAGGGUUACUACUCGUACAUGAACGCCCGCUACGUGCAGGCCACCCGGCACCUGUGGGGAUCCCUCGACACGGGGUACGCCAUCCGCCGCACGCUGAUGUCGUUCAUCGCCCCCGAGAAGGAGACCGUCAUCCCCAUGAAGAACGCCAACGUGUCCAAGUACGGCAAGGAAGAGGCCACAGCGGGCACCAAGCUCGCCCAACGGCCUUUCCUCCUCCUCGAACUCGGCCACCGCUUGCUUGAAUCCCACAUCAUGAUGGGCCACCUCUUCACCAUGAUCAUCGUCUCGGCCCUCAUCCUCCCCAUCCGCUCCUGCUUCUCCUAUACGAUCGCAACCUACUUCUGGGGCUUCCUCUCCGACGACCCCGUCCACCCCUACGUUGAGCUGGCUCUCAACAUCUCCUUCUGGGUUCGCAUGUCCAUCGUCGUCCCCAACGUCGUCAUGAUUUACUACUACGAGAAGUACCACCAAUGGGUCGGGUUCGAGCGGUGGGCGCUGCAGGAUCAGCAGAUGGCGCGGGAGGGGGGUCUCCUCAACUCCCGUGUGGACUCAGCUAUGGAUUUGAGCGCUGACAAAUUCUCCAUCGCGCCAUCUCACUCCCACCUCCGCGUCCAACCCCUCGGCAAGCGCGCCCAGCUCGCCAGUGAACGCAAGUACCCCCGCAACCUGGCAGACUGGUUCUGUAUCCCCGUCGCCGGUUUCCUCUUCUACGUCGUCCCGCAAUUCCACGCCCAGUUGACCCAGCUCUUCACGGAGCGUCUGGAUUACAAGGUCGCUGCGAAACCACAACUC